AUGGCGGCACCAUUUGGCAAUGUUUACCAUCUGCGAACCGUGGCAGAGACAUCUUCCAAAGCCUGCUAUGUCUGCCACAAGCCUACGGCUAAAGUCCUUAUAACACCCGAUAACAAGGACUUUUUCUACAUCUGCGUCUCUCACCUCAGUGACAAAAGCUUCGCUUCUCCCGUUGUCGACGAGGAGGCCGAAGCUGCCAAGAGGAAGAAAGAGCUGAUGGACCGGGAAAUCGAGAAGAUCAAACAGGAAUAUGAAGAGAAGCAGAAGAAAAAGAAAGCCAAGGAUAAUAGUAAGGAGAAAAAGAAGGACGAUGAUGACGAUGGCAAGGCUGAGAAGGAAAGGGAUGACAAGAUCAAGGCAAUUGAAGCUGGCGCCAAUCCAAACGAGAAGGCGAGUGCGGGUGCUGUACCUCGCGUGUACGCACUGCACAGAAACUUCUAUCAGAUGAGAGUCGACAGAGUACGCAAGAUGGAACAGGCAAAAAGGACUCAGCAGCGAAUGCGGGACCCGACCUUGUUUCCCGCUGUCCCCAAAGGAGAUCUCCCAUGA